CUACAUGUGUUCUGUGUGUAUUCUUGAGUAGUACGUUCGUUGAAAAUUUAGAGAUUAAUACUCAUGGUUAUGAUCCCCGCGAAACAGUGAUCCCGACGAGUAUGGCCCGCGGCGACAGUUUGGAUAAUAUUGCUCCGUCAACCUACGAAAAGGCAAAGGACAGGGUGACAACAGCUGAUGAACUCAACGAUGAAAUUGAAGAUGAAAUUGACUCGCGGGAGAUUUUCGAUCAUAUACGGUCGAUCAAUGAUCCUGAGCAUCCUCUCACUUUGGAAGAAUUGAAUGUGAUUGAUGAAAAUAACAUUACGGUAGACCUCCACAAGUGUGCAGUUGAUGUGGCCUUUCGGCCAACAAUACCACACUGCAGCAUGGCAACACUAAUUGGGCUAGCCAUCAGAGUAAAGCUGCUUCGUAGCUUGCCACCUGGAUUCAAGUUGGAUGUUCGGAUUCUUCCUGGUACUCAUGUGUCGGAAUCAGCAAUCAACAAGCAGUUGGAUGACAAAGAGCGAGUCGCUGCUGCAUUAGAGAACUCACACCUUCUACAAGUUGUCAACAGAUGCCUUCUGUUGCGUUGAGGACACUGAUCAUAAAAUGAAUUUUAAUUACAUAUGCAUAGGCAUACAAGAAAUAAUACCGUGCAAAUACAUGGUGCCAAUAUGUCAUUACUUUGUACAUUUGUUAACUAGUUUGAAGUAGCCAAUAUUCUUCAUUGGAAAACUGGAUGCUGCAACUAUCAAGGAUGUACGUACAAUAGCAGGGUACUAAAGAGUGCCAAUUUAACAUUCAUAUUUUUGCUUCUUACAACUUCAUGAUGAGGUUAAGUGUAGGGUAUGUACAAGUGAACACUUCAGCUUUACUACAAUUGGUGACUCCUUCCACUGUUGUUUUAUCUUUGUAAAGGUGUGACAGCUCUUAGCACUUGCCUCAAGUGCUUGACAUGAAAAGUUAAUCUGCAAUUAAAGUGCUGACCUGGUUCUGAAAUUUAUUGCAAAUUGCACGGGCUGCUUGCAUGUCUAUCAGAAAUUGAAAUCAUGUGAAACACUAGUGCAGCUUAGUGCACAACAGCUGAACAGCACAAGGAUGCAUAAUUGAGGUAACUUGGUGGUGGAUUGAUAAUGCUGAAUUGUGAAAUUGCCUGCAUUGCUCUCGUGUUAUGGCAGACAUUAGCUGAAAAUGUGACCAUUUCAUGGGAAGGGCAAAGGUCAGUAUGUGAGAUGGGCUUGUUCUGCUUUAAGGUCUUGAAACCCAAUAUUUCAUGAAGCCAGCAUAUUUGUUGUAGUUUUUUCAUUAUUAUCACUGUGUAAUGAAUGACAGCUGUCCAGGAACACAAUAUACCUCUGCAAUGUAACUUGUUUACAUGUGCUGUGAAGUAUCGUCUUAAGCAAACAUCCAUGUUCUGAUAUGCAUAAGAAGUUAUCUAUAAAGCUACCAUUAUAAGAAAUGGUUCUUUCUAAAUGUAGAGUUUUUGCCAGAAUUUGAACACAAUGGCAAAGUCAUCUUGCCAACCCAUAGUUUUGUACAGUUUUUAUUGCACAGUGGUUGCAUAUAAUUUUCAUAUAAGACAUGAAUGUAUAUACAAUGGUGUGAAAUAAACAAGGGCAUAAAGGCAAUGGA